AUGGCCAUGAAAAAGAAGAGGGCCGGGGGGUCAUUUCGCAAGUCCCCUUCUGGCACCUCUGGAGCUUCUGGCACCCCUCAAACCUCUGGCACCCGCCAGGCUACCCACACUUUCCAGGCUACCCAAACCCCCCAAGCUACCGAAACCCCCCAGGCUACCGACGCCCCCCAAGCUACCGACACCCCCCAGGCUACGGGCACCUUCAAAGCUCGCAGCACUCCCACGGCCCCUGUUACCUCUCGAACUAUCCCAGAAAUGGCCUCCAAACAAUCCCCCCCGAUCCCCUUUGACAAGUAAUUUCACCCUUCCAAACCCGCCUUGCCCUUUAACUGGGUGCUGUACUGAUCCGCAUAGAUUUGCCUCCUCGGAAAUCUUCACAAUCCGUGCAGGCUCUGACCUCCAGGCCUUCCAUGUUCACAAAGACCUCCUCGCCGGGCUCUCGGACGAAAUGCGCAAUCAUGUGUACAACGACAUGAGAGAGGGCAAGGUAAACGUCAUGGACAUGGGGCACGUAUCCCCAGACACCAUGCAGCGGUUCAUGGAGUUCUGCUAUUCCGGGGACUACCUGUACGCUCCUGGCGCUGAAAACAACGAAGACCCUCUAAAAGAUAAAGAGGCCACGGAAGCCCUUCCGAUUCUGAUGGCACACGCAAAGCUAUACGUCUUUGCCGAGAUGUUCAACAUUGCCUCGCUGAAGAAACUGUCGGGUGACAAGAUCAUCACUCUCACACGCCUCUUCGGAGAGUUGGAGGAAAGGGCGCAUGGGCUCGCCGUGGUUUCGCUGAUGGAGUACGUGCUGGACAAUAUACCCGCCACCACUGAGUCGACGGAUAGGCUGGUCAAGUUUUUGGCGAGGUAUUCUGGGUACCUGAUUGAGAAGAUUGGGGGGUAUCCGGAGUUCCACCUGGCCCUAGCGAGUUCCGCGCGGGAAGACUUUUUUAGGGUGUUUUGCAAGUGGGUGAAGGCGGAGAAGGAAAAGGAGCCGUGGGACGAUCUGGGAUGAGGUUUUGAUAGUGAUGGGAUUUUUCUCGCUUGGUGAUUGGGACACCUUUUGGACUAUUUUUCUCAGCCCAAGCGUUUUUCCCUUUUUUUUUUCACCAAGGCAAAUUAGGUAUUAUAGCAGGUUAGGCAAAGGUACUAUAAAGAGCCCACUGGGGUAUUCGAUACUG